AUGGGUGGCCACUCCCAAACUCAACAAGGAUUCUGUAAUAAUGCAACAUAUGGAACAAAUUCUUUGUACAUUAAAUGUGUUUCCCUUUCAGAUGGUGUUCAUGUAUCAGAAAUACUUGGGAGACCUACAGCUCCAUCACCUCAACCAGGUACUCUUCCAAGCAUCACGCAAUUCUAUUUCCCCCAAUUAACAUUGGUUAGUACUGACGGGGCAUUGUUUGUCAAGGAUCCCUCAAAAAAUGUUCUUGAUAUGAUGGUUGAUCUUCCUAAACUAGGACUUGUUAUAAUUACAUCGGAUGCAUCAAUUACAAAUAUUCCUCAAAUCGAUAACACAACCAGUGUUUGGAAAUCAUCCUCUGUUGUCCCACAUUAUUUUAUCUGGAAGCUUCAAUGA